UCAGUGUAGCCCCAUCAGUGCCACCUGUCAGUGUCCAUCAAUGCCACCUGUAAGUGCCCAUCAAUGCCACCUGCCAGUGCCCAUCAGGGCCACAUCACAGUGCACAUCAAUGCCACAUAUCAGUGCCCAUCUGAGCUUCCUUUCAGUGCCAACUAUCACUGCCAGUCAGUGCCACCUAUCAGUGCCAGUCAGUGCUGCUUAUGAGUGCUGCUAAUCAGUGCCGCCUAUCUCUGCCAGUCAGUGCCGCAUAUAAGUGCCACUUAUCAGUGCCGCCUAUUAGUGCCAUAUAUGAGUGCUGCCUUUCAGUGCCCAUCAGUGAUGCCUGUCAAUGCCCAUCAGUGCCACCUACUAGUGCCUCCUCAUCAGUGCCGCCUAUCAUUGCAUAUCAGUGCAGCCUCAUU